UGAAUUGCUAGCACCAUAUAUGUCUGAAAUAUAGCUAGUUCAUUAAUUCAAAAAGCACGAAAAUCACCAAAGCAUUAAUGAAAGAAACUAGUAUCAUUUUGGUGUGCUCAUGUUUAUUCUCAAUCAUGACGUUCUCUUCUGCAGCAGGGGACACCAUAGCUGCAAAAGAAAGCAUUAGUGAUGGACAGACCAUUGUUUCAGCACGCGGAGAGUUUGAAAUGGGAUUUUUCAGCCCCCAAGGCAAUCCCCUCAAUCGAUAUUUCGGAAUUUGGUACAAGAAGAUUUCACCUGGAACAGUUGUAUGGGUGGCUAACAGAGAGGCUCCCAUUUCUAAUACUUCAGGAGUUGUCAGAGUCAGUAGCAGGGGAAUUGUUGUAAGUACUAAUCAAAGUACUCGCAGCAUUUGGACGUCGAAUUCUUCAGCAUCAGUGAAGAAUCCAGUGGCUCAGUUAUUAGAUACUGGGAAUCUUGUUUUCCGGGAUGAAAAUGAGGUAGAGAAUUUUGCAUGGCAGAGUUUUGAUCAUCCUGGGAAUACUAUUUUACCAGGCAUGAAAUGUGGAUUUGAUUUAGUAAGUGGCGUAGACAGGUACUUUUCGCCAUGGAAAAGCGAUGAUGAUCCGGCGCCUGGUGAAUAUACUUCAAGGCUUGAUAAAAAUGGUUAUCCGCAGCUUAUUUUGAUGAAAGGUUCAGUGGUUCGGUACAGGACUGGACCUUGGGUUGGCUCAAGAUUCAGUGGCGUUCCUGUUCUCAAGCCUAAUGGAUUCUAUACUAUCGAAUACGUGAUAACUCCGACGGAAGUCUAUUAUGUUAAUCAUCUUGUUAAUAGUUCUGAAUCUCCUAUUACAAGGGCGGUGUUGGCACCAGAUGGCGUGUCAACUCGAUAUAAAUGGAACAGUGACAAGCAUUCUUGGUCACAGUUUCUGACUUUAGAAGCCGGGGAUUGUGAUCGUUAUGAGGCUUGUGGAAGAAACGGUGUUUGCAAUGUUAACAAGUCUCCGAGGUGUGAAUGUAUAAAAGGGUUUGAUCCGAAAAGACCAGAACACUGGGCGGAAGCAGAUUGGACUAGUGGUUGUUCGCGCAAUGUUGAACUGGAAUGUGGAAAUGAAGAUGGUUUCUUUAAGUAUACUGGUGUGAAAUUGCCAGACACGCGAUGGUCAAAGUAUAACAUGAGCAUGAGCCUUGUGGAAUGCGAGGACAUGUGCUUGAAGGAUUGCAAUUGUACAGCGUAUUCAAAUACAGAUAUUCGGAAUGGGGGAAGUGGAUGCCUGUUGUGGUUUGGUGACUUGAAGGAUAUGAGAGGCUAUUCAGCCGAUGGACAAGAUCUGUAUGUAAAAAUGGCAGCGUCUGAAUUGAAGGGGAGCAAAAAUUCUGGAAAAAAGACGCGAGUGUGGAUCGUGUUAAUUCCUGUUUUCAUUGUACUAGCUGCAAUAUUAUGCCUCUUUCUAUUGUAUAGAAUCAGGAAAAAGAGAACUAAGAGAGCAGGGAUAAUGCAACUCAACUUAUAUAAUGUUGGUGAUGCCACCAGAGAGGAGGGCCCAGAUCUUGAUUUACCUUUGCUUGGCUUCAUACAAAUUGCAAAGGCAACGGAUAAUUUCUCCGACAAUAACAAGCUUGGGGAAGGAGGUUUUGGUGCUGUUUACAAGGGAGUGUUGGAAGAUGGACAAGAAAUAGCUGUAAAGAGGCUCUCAAAGGACUCAAGACAAGGAGUGAAGGAGUUCAUGAAUGAAGUUUCAUGCAUUGCUAAGCUUCAGCACCGAAAUCUUGUGAGGCUUAUUGCGUGCUGCGUUGAGGAACAGGAAAGGAUGCUGGUCUAUGAAUAUAUGCCUAACAAAGGUUUAGAUUCAUAUCUUUUCGAUAGAGAAAAGUGCAAAUCAUUUGAUUGGCAAAAGCGCUACAAUAUUAUAAAUGGCACUGCAAAAGGGCUACUCUAUCUGCACCAGGAUUCAAGACUUAGAGUCAUUCAUAGAGAUCUCAAAGCCAGUAACAUUUUACUCGAUUAUGAGAUGAACCCAAAAAUAUCAGACUUUGGAUUGGCAAGAAUUUUCGGAGAAAGUGAAACUGAAGCCUGUACAACAAGAGUAGUGGGAACAUACGGAUACAUGCCACCAGAGUACGCGAUUGAAGGGUUGUUCUCAACUAAAUCGGAUGUUUAUAGCUUUGGCGUAUUAUUACUAGAGAUAAUAAGUGGAAAGAAAAACAGAGGUUUUAGCCAUCCUGAUCACAACCUGAAUCUUGCUGGUCAUGCAUGGAGGUGCCACCUUGAAAACAAUCUUCUGAGCAUAGCUGAUGAAGUGAUCUUGAAUUCAAGUAAUGAACAUGAAGUGUUUCGAGUGACUGAAAUCGCUUUAUUGUGUGUUCAAGAAUAUCCUGAAGACAGGCCAAGCAUGUCAUCAGUGGUGCUGAUGCUGAGCGGCGAAAUUGCAUUGCCUAAUUCUAAAAAGCCCGGAUUCUACUCGGAUAAACAAAAGCCUAAUGACACAACUUCGCCAUCAUCAAAUAACACAUCUUGCAGCAUCAAUAGCGCCAGUGUCUCAUUCUAUGCACCUAGAUAUAUGGCUCCGGUUAGUAGUUUGCAGGCUAAUGGAACUUGGGUGUUUGGGGUCAGAAAUUACCGCUUGAUUAGGGAGCUUCGAGGGUUGUGUGUCAAUAUUCAGGUUGUGAGAAUUGAUAAGAUCAGCUGGAAUGGUGCAGAAAAUAAGAUUAACCAAACACCUGCAUUUGCCUGGAAAGUUGCAGAGCUUUUGAAUUGCUAUAUAUGCUUAUUCAUACAAACACAAAGUAUACAAAGAAUUAUCAAAGUAUCAAUGGAAAAAACUACCAUCAUUUUGGUGUGCUCUUGUUUAUUCUCAAUCAUGACGUUCUCUUCUGCAGCAGGAGACACCAUAGCUGCAAAUGAAAGCAUUAGUGAUGGACAGACCAUUGUUUCAGCACGCGGAGAGUUCGAAAUGGGAUUUUUCAGCCCCGAAGGCAAUCCCCAUAAUCGAUAUUUCGGAAUAUGGUACAAAAAGAUUUCCAAUGGAACAGUAAUAUGGGUGGCCAAUAGAGAGGCUCCGAUUUCUAAUACUUCAGGAGUUGUCAGAGUCAGUAGCAGGGGAAUUGUUGUUGGUACUAAUCACACUACUCGCAGCAUUUGGACGUCGAAUUCUUCAGCAUCAGUAAAGAAUCCAGUGGCUCAGUUACUAGAUACUGGGAAUCUUGUUUUCCGGGAUGAAAAUGAGCUACUGAAUUUUGCAUGGCAAAGUUUUGAUCAUCCUGUGGAUAAUUUUUUGCCAGGCAUGAAAUUUGGAUAUGAUUUAGUAAAUGGCCUAGACAGGUACUUUUCACCGUGGAAAAGUGAUGAUGAUCCAGCCCCUGGUGAAUAUACUCAUAGGGUUGAUAAAAAUGGGUAUCCACAGCUUAUUUUGUGGAAAGGUUCAGUCCCUUGGUACAGGACUGGACCUUGGGUUGGCUCAAGAUUUAGUGGCAUUCCUUUUCUGAAGCCUAAUGGAUUCUAUGUCAUUGAUUUCGUCAUAACUCAGACAGAAGUCUAUUAUGUUUUUAAUCUUGUCAAUAGUUCUGAAUCUCCUAUUACAAGGUGGACACUGGCACCAAACGGCGUAUCAACUCGUUAUAAAUGGAACAGAGACAAACAUUCUUGGUCACAGUAUCUGACUUUAGAAGUGAGCGAUUGUGAUGAUUAUGAAUUUUGUGGAGCAAAUGGUGUUUGCAAUGUUAACAAGUCUCCUCGGUGUGAAUGUAUAAAAGGGUUUGAUCCAAAAAACCCAGAACACUGGGCAGAAGCAGAUUGGACUAGUGGUUGUUCGCGCAAUGUUGAACUGGAAUGUGGAAAUGGAGAUGAUUUCUUUAGGUAUACUGGUCUGAAAUUGCCAGACACGCGAUGGUCAAAGUAUAAUAUGAGCAUGAGCCUUGUAGAAUGCAGGGACAAGUGUUUGAAGGAUUGCAAUUGUACAGCGUAUUCAAAUACAGAUAUUCGGAAUGGGGGAAGUGGAUGCUUGUUAUGGUUUGGUGACUUGAAGGAUAUGAGAGGCUACUCUGCCGAUGGACAAGAUCUGUAUGUUAAAAUGGCCGCGUCUGAAUUGAAGGGGAGCAAAAAUUCUGGACAGAAGACGGGAGUGUGGAUCGUGCUAGUUCCUGCUUUUGUUGUACUAGCUGCAAUAUGUUGCCUCUUACUGUUGUAUAGAAUCAGGAAAAAAGGAAUUAAGAGAGCAGGGAUAGUGCAAGUCGACUUAGAUAAUGUUGCUGCUGCCACCAGAGAGCAGGGCCCAGAUCUUGAUUUACCUUUGCUUGACUUCAUACAAAUUGCAAAGGCAACUGAUAAUUUCUCCGACAAUAACAAGCUUGGGGAAGGAGGUUUUGGUGCUGUUUACAAGGGAGUGUUGGAAGAGGGACAAGAAAUAGCUGUAAAGAGACUCUCAAAGGAUUCAAGACAAGGAGUCACUGAGUUCAUGAAUGAAGUUUCAUGCAUUGCUAAACUUCAGCACCGAAAUCUUGUCAGGCUUAUUGCGUGCUGCGUUGAGGAACAGGAAAGGAUGUUGGUCUAUGAAUAUAUGCCUAACAAGGGUUUAGAUUCAGUUCUUUUCGAUAAAGAAAUGUGCAAAUCACUUGAUUGGCCAAAGCGCUACAAUAUAAUAAACGGCACUGCAAAAGGGCUACUUUAUCUGCACCAGGAUUCAAGACUGAAAGUCAUUCAUAGAGAUCUCAAAGCCAGUAAUAUUUUACUAGACUAUGAGAUGAACCCGAAAAUAUCAGACUUUGGAUUGGCAAGGAUUUUCGGAGAAAGUGAAACUCAAGCCAGUACAACAACAGUAGUUGGGACAUACGGAUACAUGCCCCCAGAGUAUGCAAUUGAUGGAUUGUUCUCAACUAAAUCGGAUGUCUAUAGCUUUGGAGUAUUAUUACUAGAAAUAAUAAGUGGAAAGAAAAACAGAGGUUUUCGUCACCCAGAUCACAACCUUAAUCUUGUUGGUCAUGCAUGGAGGUGCUACACUGAAAACAAUCUUCUGGGCAUUGCUGACAAAGUGAUCUUGAAUUCAAGUAAUGAACAUGAAGUGUUUCGAGUGACUGAAAUCGGUUUAUUGUGCGUUCAAGAAUAUCCUGAAGACAGGCCAAGCAUGUCAUCAGUGGUUCUGAUGCUGAGCAGUGAAAUUGCAUUGCCUUGUUCAAAAAAGCCUGGAUUCUGCUCAGAGAGAAAAAAGCCUAAUGACACAACUUCGCCAGCAUCUAAUCAUACAUCUUGUAGCAUCAAUAGCUCUAGUGUCUCAUUCUAUGCACCUAGAUAAUACAUUUAUUAUUAGUUUGUGGAUUCUAUCAGGAAGAUAUUCUAAGUAAACAGUCAGUUAACUGGCAUCGCCCAUCGACGUGCAGGACUGCAGGAGGCAGGAUGACAAUCCAGGAGAGGGGAAGCCAAAAAAUAAAAAUCCUCCAAUAUUAUCUUGUAAUAACUUGAUUCUGUUUGAGAAUUGUGAUAUUCUAAAGAGAUGCAAAUAUACUUAGCAGGAUGCGCCCAUGGGA